ACUCAAAUUCAUUCAGCUCUCCAGCACACAUCACCUGUUUGUAACCUUGCUGACUGCAAUUUGGCAACGUUCCAAAGUCAACAGCUAGCUGCCUCCCAAGUUCAUCACAGGUCCAGAAUUCCCGUCAAACGCAUAACCUUAAUUAACGGACGCUCAUUGCACUGUACUCUGUAGAUCUCACGGAUCUUCUACUAAACCUAACGCAGAGCUCGCUCUAAAAUAAAACGAGGUGCACGGUCCGACUCCGACUACUCAGCCUUCUCACUCUUCGGAAAUCUCCACCCGGGUUCUUCUUUUAACUUUACUCGCAACAAUUAAAAAGGAGAUAUCCUCGAUAAACACAAGCAUAAUUUCAAUUCUUCUCCAAAAAUACCCAUCUUCACAAAAUCAUUGUGUGUUUAUUUUCUUCCUCGAUUCUUUUUUGAGACACUCCCUCCUCAAGGAUCCAUUUGCUAGGUACAUAUUCAUCGUUUUACCUUUCACCGGUCCAUCCAUCCCACUGAGAGCUGAGAACCACUUAUAUCCGAGCAUCUUCAAAAUUGAAGCUUUGAAAUUUCUCCAUUACUUGACAAUCUCUCAUUUCGAUAAUUCUUUCUUUGAAUUCAUACAAAAACCUUGACGGAAUUGUGAUUGACCUCUUCAAGCAUAGUUUCUUGACCUCCAUAGUUGCAUGGUUUUCUCCUAAAAUCCUCGGCGCGAUAUCCUUUUUCUUCCACCAACAACGACAAUACAAUAUCUACAAUAUCAUACGAUUCUGCGAUAAUGACUCAACAACCGGCACAAAAUGUCAUGCGAAGGUACGUUGGCAUAUUCCAUGAAGUUUUGAUGGAUUGGAAUUCCGAUCGUGGAGAGCAUAUGGGGGAUCGUGUUGCUACUCAGCCUCGCUAUAUCCGAGGUCCUAAAAUCAGCAAAAGCAACGGACCCUUUUUUAGGGUGGAUGUCAGCGCGUCCCCAUUAGUUUUUGUUAUAAUGACGCAACGCGCGCCGUGAAAGACCUGAUAUUGACAUGAGUACAGGAAGUUGGUUAUCAUUGGAGAUGGUGCUUGCGGCAAAACUUCUCUACUUAGUGUGUUUACACUUGGGUACUUCCCAACAGUAAGUCUCUUCAAGAAUUAGAAUUUUAGCAUACUUACUAACAAUAAAUACAGCAUUACGUAUGUUAUAGUUUAGUCCGCAGCAAUUUUCCGCCUUAGCUUUGUGAAUUGGGUGAUGCUGACAACUUACCCUUAUUUUAGGUUCCAACCGUUUUCGAAAAUUAUGUGACGGAUUGCAGAGUAGACGGAAAAUCUGUACAAUUGGCACUAUGGGAUACAGCAGGACAAGAAGACUACGAGAGAUUACGACCACUGGCAUAUUCGAAAGCCCAUGUCAUUUUAAUAGGAUUUUCAAUCGACACUCCGGAUUCAUUGGAUAACGUCAAACACAAAGUAGGAUUGCAAUUUCUGGGGAAAAGUUGAUACGAAGUACUAAUUUUUGGGCUAGUGGGUCGAAGAAGCAAACGAGCGGUGUCCAGGCGUUCCCAUUAUACUUGUUGGGUUGAAAAAGGACUUGCGAGAAGAUCCCGUGGCUAGAGAGGAGAUGCGAAAGAAGUCCCUUGACUUUGUGGGAACGAAAGAAGCAGAUGACAUUGCAAAGGCUAUCGGUGCAAGGAAAUACUUGGAGUGCUCGUCAUUGACUGGCGAUGGAGUUGACGAUGUCUUUGAAGCGGCCACACGAGCCGCACUUUUAACAUUUGAAAAAGGGGAAAGUACUGGAUGUUGUGUUGUACUGUAGGGAUAGGUGAACGGAGUUUGGGGGAUGGAGAUAUGCUGAACCAAGACGGAAAAAUCGAAAUAGGAUAUAAUUGGAAGGUUUCGGAACCGGCGGCAUCUUCACAAUCAUUACUACCAAUGCACGAGGGGGUCGAAAAAUGCCUUUUCUGUUGCAAAUAUACGGGCAAUUCAACCUGCCGCAGGAAUGUUGACGGCAGUAAAAGGACAACAACAAUUUGUACCUUUUGACAAAAGAUUCACACGCCAGGGAACACGAACUGAUCUGACAAUGAUACCGAUGUACUCCACGAACGAAUUUAAUUGUUUCUCUAUCGGGUAGCCAGGCUAGAUGAUGCUUUUUAACGGCGAUCAACCACGAAACGACGGUCUCUAUUUCACAGUCUUACUCUUUCCCACAAAUACGCCCAAAAACUAUCGGGCUUCGAGGUCGG